AUGACGUCAGAAAGUAUAUUUAAAGUGGUUGUCCUACUAGUAUUUGUCUCUUAUCCAAUAUAUUGUUGUACAUGUGCUUUUGGGAAAGUAAAACAAAAGUAUUGCGACGCUGAGUGGGGUAAGUAUUUCAACUUUGGUGUAAAUCACUUCUAAACACUCUUGAUAACACCAUUUGUUACAGUAUCCCAUGCCAAGAUCAUAGACUUUGAAAUAGUAAAUGGCUCUGAUUACUACGACUCUUUCCCGGAAGUAAAGGAUGUAAAGUAUAAAGUAGAAUUCAAAAAAAUAUUCAAACUAUCACAAGAUUUGAAGGAUCUCAACGUGACAGAGCUACCUACAGAAGUGUUUACUCCGGCUGAUGACAGUUUGUGCGGUAUCUUCUUGGAGAAGGGUCAAGAGUAUCUACUUUCAGGUAAGUUAUUGUACCAGACAAUUUUAAAGUUUAUACCAUGAAUUCACGGUGAAUUACUGUUUACAUGCUAAUUAGGAAUUUACUUCAACGGUACCAUGAGCACCAACUUGUGUAUGCAGAUCCUGUUCGACGACAGACAAAAGUCAAUGGAGAAUAACAUUUUACUGUGGUCGGAGGUACCUAAAAACACAUCGACCGGUCUCCAAGCCAAGGAAUACGAACCUUGCCCAAAACAUGUCAUUUAA